GUUAGUUAAAAUUGAUCUUUUACUAUGGAACGUUGGUUAAAUCGUGUCGCAGUAGUAACCGGAGCUAGCAGUGGAAUUGGUGAAGCUAUUGCCAAGGAUUUAGUUGCAGCAGGAGUUAAAGUUAUCGCUCUAGGUCGUCGUUUAGAACGCUUAGAGAAAAAUAAAUUAGAUUUAUCAAAAUCGCAUCAGGAAUUAUAUUUCCCUCAAAAAUGUGAUAUAUCAAAUCUAGAUGAAGUUAUUUCUACAUUUGAAUGGAUAGAAACAACAUUUGGUGGUACAGAUAUCCUCGUGAAUAAUGCUGGGAUUUUAAAGAACGGAAACCUUGUUGAAAUGGACCCUAAAGUGAUCGAUGAAGUUAUAAAUACAAAUCUACGAGGUCUUAUUUAUUGCACUCAAGCGGCUUAUAAGAGUAUGAAGAAGCGUGAAUUUAAUGGACAUAUAGUUCAUAUUAACAGCAUCCAUGGACAUAGAGUACCUGAUCUUUCAUUUAGCACCAAUAUCUACACACCAACUAAAUUUGCAGUAACUGCAGUCAAUGAAGUAUUACGCAAGGAACUUAAUAGUUUGGGACCUAAAAUUAAGACAACGAGCAUAAGUCCAGGGGUAGUUCAAACAGAAAUGGCUGUAGCCAACGUUUUUGAAGGAAUAGCAGCAUAUUUACAACCUGAAGAUGUUUCACAAGCUGUGAUGUUUGCUAUUUCAACGCCACCACAUGUCCAAAUUCAUGAAAUCAUUGUGAAACCAGUUGGUGAACUUAUUUAAAAGCUUUUUGUAAUUUUAUUUUGUUGUUGAAACAAUAAAAUUUCAGAAUUUUUUUUUUAAUA